UCAGAUCAAGUUUCAAAGUCUGGCAGGGAUCGUGUGUGUCACUUUCAAACAAACGAAGCCAUGCAGUAUUGUGACGGAGUCAGCUUUUAGGCAAGUUAAAACAUAUCUUCACUUGCAUUUAUUGCAUUGACUGUCUCACCUCAGGCAUCCUACUUGAGAUGAUAUAAUGGACCAGAACUUCUGUAUCAGAUUAUGCAUUUUAUGUGCAUUUCAGUCGGUGAUGAUGGCUUUUAACAUUGACCCUGUUUCCUGGAAAACCUUCACUGCACCUUCACCUCCACAGAGACAAAAUGGUGCCUUUGGCUAUAAGGUGAUACAGAGAGCAUCAAGUCUACUUGUGAGUGAUCCUUUAAUACAACACAGUCAAACUCAAAGAGGACAAAUAUAUCGUUGUGGUGUCACUGAUGGAAAAUGCAUUCCACUGUCCAUUACCGUCACCAAUGAGGCUGUCAACAUGUCCCUUGGACUUUCAAUGUCUCUAGAUCCUCCGUCUUCAACAGCAGUGGUUUGUGGUCCAACCAUACCUAAGACCUGUGAUGUAACCACUUACAAUGGCAUGUGCUUUAAAAUCAGUCCAGAUGAUGUUGUGAGCAGAUCUAUGCCAAAGACUCUGAGAGAAUGCCCACCAGAAAUUGAUAUUGCUUUUUUAAUGGAUGGAUCUGGAAGUGUAAAUUCUCUGGAUUUUAAUAAGAUGAAAGCAUUUGUUAUAGAAAUGAUCAAAAGUUUUAUAGACCGUGAUGCACAGUUUGCCAUUGCACAGUUUUCUACAGACUGUGACAUUCAUGACAAGUUUCAAGUCAAAAAACCCAUGGAAUGGGAAGAUGCAGUGAACAAGAUAUCUCAACAGAGAGGAUGGACUAACACUGCAAAAGCCAUACAAUAUCUUGUGAAUGAGCUAUUCGUAAGUAAAGGGGGUGUUAGACCAUCAGCCAGUAAAAUUUUGAUUGUUAUCACGGAUGGUGAAUCAACUGAUUCAAAGUUGACUGAAGCUGUUCAACAAGCACAAGCUAAACAUAUAACACGAUAUGCUAUUGGGGUUGGCAAUGCUUUUGUUAUUGGCAAAGCAAUAAGGGAGCUGGCAAUUAUUGCAUCUUUACCCACCAAUAAGCAUGUGUUCAAAGUAACCGGUUUUGAUGCUCUGAAAAGUAUUCGUGAAAAACUCAAAGAGAACAUUAUAGCCAUUGAAGGAACCCAGACCUCUGGAGAUUCAUCUCGAAUGGAGUUUGCACAGGACGGAUUUAGUGUAGCAUUGACAUCAAAUACAGAUAUGAUAAUGACCGCAGUGGGAGCUUUCCAGUGGAAGGGUGGAUAUCAGCUGUACAAAACAAAUGAUAUUUCAGAUCAGUCUUUCAAGUCUAAUUCACUCUUUCAAGCUGGAAGUGAGCAUGACAGUUAUUUAGGUUAUUCCUUGACAAUAGCAACAAUAUUCAGAGCAAAGUAUGCAGUCAUGGGAGCACCAAGACACAAGCAUAAGGGACAAGUAACUGUUUCAAGAAUUGAUCGAAGUGAUGUAAAGCAACUGGAUUCUCCUAAGCCUCAGAUUGGCUCAUAUUUUGGAGCUGAGGUGUGUGCGGUGGAUUUGAACAGUGACUCCUAUACGGACCUUCUUUUGGUAUCGGCACCAACGUACACAGAGUCUGACCGAGAGGGCUUUGUGGCUGUUUACAUCUUCACGCGUCGGGCAAACUUAUUUUUUUCGAAUACACUGGUGGGCAUGGCAGGUCAGAGGGGUCGGUUUGGCUCUUCUCUGGCCAGUCCAGCAGAUCUGAAUGGUGAUGGUUUCAUGGAUGUGCUGGUUGGAGCUCCUUUAGAGGAGGAUGGACAGGGCAGCAUCUACAUCUUCAAUGGGAUAGAUGGAGGGAUCAUUUCCAAAUACUCACAGAGGAUUGUUGGAUCGUCUGUGGGACCAGGUUUGCGGUUCUUUGGGAUUUCAUUGAGUCAGUCUUCUCUAGACCAGACUCGAGACAUCCUUCCUGACAUUGCUGUUGGGUCUAAGGGAGCAGUUCUGCUUCUCAGGUCCAGACCCAUAAUGCUCUUGGAAACCAAAGUAACUUACAACCCAACCAAAAUACCAACUGGUGAAACAGGCCAGUCACUGGAAAACACCAUGAAAGUGUGUUUCACCAUGAAUCGAUACAGUCACGACAUAAAAGACCUAUCCGCAAAUAUUAAUUACACCAUAAUGCUGGAUGCCAAACGACAGAAAUAUCGAGCAUACUUCUCUCCCCAAACCCGGAUCCUCAGUAAAGUGGUGAACAUAAAAUCGAAUGCAGAAACUUGCAGAAGUCAUCGUUUCUUUAUAGAUGCUUUCUCAGAAGAUGCCCUGAAUCCGUUGUCCAAUCAGUUAACAUUCACAUUUGAGGGUCAGCCACUUGCCAGACUGCAAAACAUAAAGCCAGUCCUGCACCCAAAGAUAAAGACCAUCACAGACCACAGUCUGGAUUUUGAGAUCAACUGUGGAUCUGAUGACAUUUGUAUCGAUGACCUCAGGAUGGAUUUCAAUUUCUCUGGAUCUACAAACAUAGAGGUUGGCAUAAUGCAGGAGCUCAACGUGACCGUGUUUGUAGAGAACAGAGGAGAAAACUCAUACAACACCCACUUCACCCUCAGCUACCCCUUUGGACUUUCCUACAGGAGAAUCACAUCUAAACAGGGUAGAGUUGAGUGUGUGUCUCUGGACGCUGAGCGAGGAGUUACGCUGGGAGAAACCUCCUGCCAGAUCAGUAAACCCAUCCUCAAGGGAAACACUCAGGCUGUGUUUCAUAUUACAUACAGCAUCGAUAAAGAAAGCACCUUUGACCAAAAUGUGACGUUCACCGCUAAGAUCAACAGUGGGAAUGACCAACACUCCGAAACCAGUCAAUUCCUCAAAGAGAAAAGCAUUGGUGUCAAAUUCGCCAUUAACAUUGCCUUAAUAAGACAUGAAGAUUCAAGCCUCCACAUUAAUUUUACUGCACAGAAACCUGAUCUUGAAAGACCAGUCAAACAGAUACUGAAGGUUGAAAAUGACUUUAGAGAAUUACAUUUCAAAGUUUUCAUCAAAGUACCAGUGAUUUUGGGAGACAAAUUCAUUUGGACAGACAAAAACCUACAGAUUCCAGACUGUGUGAAACAGAAGGAUGAACAGCCGCUUUUUACCAAUUUUGUGGAAGUACUUAAAAAGGAUCGUGUGUUGAACUGCUCUGUGGCGGUGUGUGCCGUGUUCAGGUGUGACGUCACUCUCAUAAAGAAUGAAAGGAAACUCUAUAAUAUAUUUGGCAAUGUGAGCUCUGGAUGGAUUGAACAGACUGGACUCAAGGCUGCUGUUUUUGAGUUGGUCAGUUCAGCUUCUCUGGAUUUUGACAAGAGCAAAUACAUUUUCUUUUCAUCUGAUUCUCAACACACUGCACCAUCCGUCCAGAUUAACACUCAAGUGGAGGUGUUUGAGGAGGUGAACCUGACCAAAGAGAUCACUGGAGGAGUAAUAGGAGGACUGUUGCUACUCGCUCUCAUCACAGCUGCUCUCUAUAAGGGUGGAUUCUUUAAAAGCCAGUACAAGGAGUUGAUUGAAAACGCAGAACAAAGUGCUGAAGGGGAGCCAACCACUGAAAAAUUAGGUUAACAUUACUAAACAACAACUCUAGAUCAAUCACAAUAGUGGUGUAUUAAUGUUCACAGACCAAAUAGUUUAUGCUUUUUUUUUUCUUUUUUUUUUAAAGUCUACAUUUCACUUUGCUGCCACCUGUUGAUCAAAUUUUAGAGCAUGAAACGGAGGUUCCAGCUGUUUGUUGUUUUCAUACUGUAUGAAAGUAAAAUGAAUAUAUUUUGUUUGAAAACAUUUCAAAAUAGUAUUGAUGUUUUAGUGUUUCGCUAGAAAAUAGUCUAUUUUGAGCAGCCAUGAGUUAUAAGUUUCAAAUGAAUUAAAUUUAAGGGAUAGUUCACUUUGAAAUUAAUUUUUGGUAUGUUUUAGCUUACCUCAAGGGCAUCCAAGAUGAAGGUGUCGUUGUUUACACAUUACUUUCAAUUUUGAUAUUUUUAGGUCAAACCGUUCUUGUCUGU